AUGUCUUCGUGUUUCAGUGGCGGCGGAAGAACCUAUGCAUUUGAGCUUGACAUAGUCAAAUCCCCAUCCACAUCAACCCGAACCUCCACAUCUUCUCCUUCUUCAACUCUCUCAGAAUCAAGCAACUCAGGCCUCGCAAUCUCAAGUCGAAAGCCCCGAACCCCUCGAAAACGCCCCAACCAGACUUUCAAUGAAGCCGCCGCAUUGCUCUCCAUAGCUUACCCCAACAUCUUCUCCACCAAAAACUUCACAAAUCCUCGGAAAUUCACCAAGCCCCACGACUCGUUCUUGGACCAAUCUGUAGAAUUGCUCUUGCCCUUCAGAGUCAUCGACGACGGAUGCUCCAGUUUCUUAAUCGGCGAGCCAAUCGGAGAAAAACCCAGUUUUCAGUUCGAGCCCAAAGCCCUGAAUUCGUUCGAAAAGAUGUGCCAGAGUCUAGGGGAAUUCGAUUUCCAGGCGAAUUGUAAUUCCAAUUCCAAUUCUAUGGAGAUGUGUGAAAGCUACCAUCACCAAGAUGAAGACUUCGAUGCUGAGUCGGACGAUAUUACCCUCAGCAGAUGA